AUUACGAUAAGGACACUCGGUUGGACAUGGCUGGCAAGCUUGGGAUUCAUCUUGCCCCGAGUUCCACGGUUUGAGUGUCUUUGUUCUCCCGAAGAUGACUCUCUGUGAGCUUGUUCCUCUCGGUAUCUCUCGCACCCGUGUCGAGCCAUGUACUGGCCCAAUGGCGUCCCCCGGGUCUAUGCGAUCAACGGCCCCGGAAUUCCACACUCAUGGUCCGAUGAUGAUGAGGCGGUAGGACUGGAGAGCUCUGUGGAGCAGAGACUGACGUUGACCGAAAAUGAGCCGAAACCCCCGUCUGGAACGGAUUCGGCGUGGGAGGAGGAGGCUAUCAGCGGUCUCUGUGUGUCGCGGAGCGGUCAUAUAUUUGCGACCUUGAGUCGAUCGUCAAUCGCCGUUUGGCAAACACGGCCUACCGCCGUUGUCGCUGCCGUUACACGGUCCGCGUCGUCCCUCGAGACCUAUGGCCCCAAUGUGGCCCUGCUCAUGCAUCCGGACUCUACGAUUCUCGUCGUUCAAACCCAAAACGGAUACCUCCUUACCUAUACCAUCGCCUCCGACCCCAAUAGCCGAGUCUACGAGCAGAAAUUCGACCAAUCCACACAAACCCGCCGUCAGCAGAUUGCCCGCCUGUCUGACAAGGAAGAUGCCAAUGGAAUCCGCGAUGUUAGUAUCCGGUUUAGAAUGGCCAUCAAGAUCGAGUCGGGAAUCGUCAAAGCCCUCGCUCUGGACCAUGAACUGGUCGUCGCCACGGUCAAGCCAGCAGCCAUCCAGUGCAUUCGAUGGAGCCCGGAUGCGACGGGGUCUCAGACCACGUCGGAACUCCUGAGUCGGAUAUUGGGCGUCUCCAAACGGACCUCUAUCACCGACAUGGUGUAUGACCGUGCCAUCAACCUCUUAGUCUGGGUCACCAAUGAAGGACAGGCAUACGCAGUCCAACGCGUCUCCGAGACACCGGACGAACCCGACGCCCCCAAAAAGCUCUUCCACGGCCACUGUUUCCACGACCCAAAGCACGAAGGUGAGAGGGCAGUGAAGGUCGCUGUUAAUGCGCGAUUUUCCCUCCUCACGGUGAACUGCGCCAAUGGCGAAAUCCUCGUCUACACCGCCAAAGACUAUUUUGGAAACGUCCCGCUGUCCCACAAGCUUCAGCUUCCAGCCUCGCCAAUGACGACGGGCGAUCUCUCCUUCCUGUCUUAUUCGCCAGAUGGGUAUUGUCUUUUCGCCGGCUACAACCGCGGAUGGACGACGUGGAGUGUGUUUGGCAAGCUGGUAGGCAACAGUUUCACCUCAGACCGAUCUCUGGCCAAGUCGAAAGCGGAAGAUUGGGUGGCUGGAGUCUCGCACGGCUGCUGGAUCGGCGGUGGCUCAGAUAUCAUCCUCGCAGCGCGUAAUGAUCGUCGCCUGUGGGUUUUGGAAACCGCGCGGAGCUCUUUGACAGGGUGCUAUUCAUCUGCAAACCUCGCGCGGGGCUUGUUACAGACGGGGACGGAAGUCAUCCUGUACCGUGGCCAUGAUUUACCAGACCUCAUGUCAAUAUCCGGCAAGGACUCUUUGUGGCAUCAUGCCCAAUAUCCCCCUGGUUACUUGCAUUCCCAGUGGCCGAUCCGCUCCAGCGUGGUCUCCCAGGAUGGGCGAUAUGUAGCCAUUGCCGGUAGACGGGGUCUAGCGCAUUACAGCGUGAAUAGCGGGCGGUGGAAGAUUUUUGAAGAUCCAAAAAUCGAAAACUCAUUUGCUGUGCGGGGUGGCAUGUGCUGGUACGGCCAUAUUCUGAUCGCCGCCGUUGAGAGCGACGGUUCUUACGAGCUACGACUAUAUUCUCGAGAACAACCCCUGAACAACCAUUCCAUCUUGCACAUAGAAUACCUACCCUCGCCUGUAGUCUUCAUCGGGCCGUCGGGCGAAGACUCCAUCCUUGUUUAUACCUACGACAACAUCCUUUAUCAUUAUAUUAUAAAUGCGACGCAGCCUCGGAUUACAUUGGUCCCGGUAGGCCAGAUUGCCUUCAACGGGAUUGUACGAGCGCCCACUCGAGUGCGGGCAAUCAGCUGGGUUUUGCCUGAUGAUCAGAUGCGCAAUGGCGAUCCAUCUCAAGAUGUCAAAGUUGCAUCCGUGCUUCUUUUAGUUGACGGGAACCUGGUUCUACUCCAGCCGUCACUGUCCGAUAGCGGUGAAUUGAAAUAUGACAUGCGGGUGGUUGCUCACGACGUCGAGUACUAUAUCUUGAUGCGAGACCAGGUGUCCUUCAAUUUUACUCAGCCUAUGGACGAGUCGCUUCCGCCCAGCCCGGCCGCCGAAUUGGCUUUGAACAUGUACCACAGUAACCUUUCGCUGAGGGAUUCUCUCUGGACGUUUUGUGGAAAAGAUCUGCUCGCGUGGGGCGACGUGCAGGAUGUCCUGCGGCGGGAAGACGUGCCCAAAGCGAUCGAAAUGCCUCUGGACUUUUAUCCGCUGUCGGUCUUGCUCAGCAAGGGCAUUGUACUAGGUGUGGAAUCAGAGAUGAUGCAGCGACGGGAUGUCACGUUCUCCGUGUUGAAGUUUGCCAUCCGAACCCAUCUAUUCCUCCCCUACUUCCUCCAAUACAGCCUCGUCAACGGCGACAUGCCCUCGGCACUAUCCCUCAGCCAGCACUUCUCGCACCUCUCCUACUUCCCGCACGCCCUAGAAGUCCUCCUCCACCACGUCCUCGACGACGAAGUCGACAACGAAAGCAAAGACAGCAAAACCAACGACCCAUCCUUAAAACACGACCCGCUCCUCCCCUCCGUAAUCUCCUUCCUGCAAGCCUCCCUCCCCACAAAAGUCUACCUCGACAUCGUCGUGCAGUGCACACGCAAAACAGAGCUCCGCUCCUGGCGCACCCUCUUCACCUACCUCCCCCCGCCCAAAGACCUCUUCGAGCAAGCCCUCAAACUCAACUCCCUCAAAACAGCCGUCGGCUACCUCCUCGUCCUCCAAGCCUUCGACGACGACGACAACGGCCACGAAGCCCCCAUCGAAGACUACGUCGUGCGGCUCAUCGCGCUCGCCUCGCACAAAAGCGACUGGGACCUGUGCGCCGAGCUCGCGCGGUUCCUGAUCGCCUUGGAUGGGUCCGGCGAUAUGCUGCGCCGGGCGGUUUCCCGAGCGGGUCUGCGCAACGGAAACGGCCAGGUGAACGGGUCUAGUACCAGCGUUAGGGGCCUGGGGUUGGCGAUCACGCCGCCUUGGUCGACGUCGCCGGCUUCGUCGCUGUCGCUGUCUAUGGGGAGGGGAGAAAGCGGGGAUGUAUCUCCGCGGGGGGAUCUGUCGCCUAGUGCGGAAGAAGCGUUGGAUAGGGUGGAUGAUUUGCCUUGAGUUGCAGAAUUGAUGUACAUACUUGAUUUUGAUUACAUACCUCACGUCUAUAUAUGC